AUGUAUAACCGGAACCAACCUACUUACACUAAUCGCUAUCAGCCACAACAGCACUCUGUAUCACCACCACCGUUGCAACACCCAAUUCCAACUCACCCACCGAUUCAAAUGCGCGAUCCGCCAACGUCUUCACCCUCGCCACCAACACAACAACACUUGCAUAACCCGAACAUAUGGCAUCUAAAUGACGCUACAACACAAAUGGGAAUGGAAUUUGGACGUACAGCACUGACUGCUGGAACCGAAUAUGUCGAGAAAAAUAUCAACCGAUAUGUCGACAUUCCCGCUCUUAAAUAUUAUUUCAAAGUAAAUAAUUCAUACGUGGCAAAUAAAAUAAAAUUGCUAUUAUUCCCGUGGAGACAUAAACGAUGGACUCGUAUUGUAAUACGGUCUGAACAAAAUGGUCAGUUGGAAGGAUUUAAACCACCCAGAGAUGAUAUCAAUUCACCAGAUUUAUAUAUACCAGGUAUAUCACAUCGUGCGUGUAAUUCAAUACCGCGAAAUUAUUGGUACUAA